GAGCAGAACAAACUACAAACAGGAGGAGACUCACUCAUGGCCUAUGAGACAGAGGAUCAGGAGACUCAAUACUGCUUUCCUGACAUCAACUCAUCAUGUGUCACUGGGAAACACUCAAGUCAUGGAUAUAUCACCACAUAUUUGUUUGCAUCAUUGCUGUCAGCAUGGACUGUGUUUCUGAACUUGCUGGUGAUCAUCUCCAUCUCUCAUUUCAAGAAGCUUCACACUCCAACCAACAUGAUUAUUCUCUCUCUGGCUGUAAAUGAUCUGUUUAUUGGACUCGCCAUGCCUAUAGAGGCCAUCAGAAUGAUUGAGACAUGUUGGUACUUUGGAGACACUUUCUGUUCACUCUAUUUAUUAUGCAUUGCAGUGCUUCUCUCUGCAUCUCUUAGUAAUUUGGUUUUAAUUGCUGUUGAUCGUUAUGUGGCUGUGUGUCACCCUUUACUGUACCCACAGAAAAUAACCAUCACUAAAACACUCAUGAGUGUCUGUCUGAGCUGGGUUUGCUUCUCAGCAUAUAACAUUACGUUUGUUAUUAAUAAUGGAUAUUUUGACACUUCACACAGAACAGAUGUGUGUUAUGGGCAAGGUUCAGUCAUGAUGUUUUUUAGUUGGAUAGUCACUAAUCUGAUAAUGUCUUUUAUUUUUCCCUUUAUCACGAUCAUCAUUUUAUAUUUGAGGAUUUUCUAUGUAGUUCAUCAGCAAGUGAAGGUUAUAAACUCUCUGAUGAAGGGUGGUAAAUGUGUAACUGAAGGUUCAUUGAAGAGGAAAUCUGAGAGUAAAGCUGCUCUAACUUUAGGAAUCAUUGUGUCAGUUUAUCUGCUUUGCUGGAUUCCUUACUAUAUCUGUACAAUAGCUGUAAACUCCUCCACAACUAUAAAUGUUCUGACAUGGGUUGUGUAUGCUAACUCAGGUAUGAAUCCUCUGGUUUAUGCUUUAUUUUACCCCUGGUUUAAAAAGACAGCUAAAUAUAUUUUAACUCUGAAAAUACUUCAGUCUGCAUCCUCUCUUAUAAAUAUCUUUACAGAAAAUUAA